AUGGCAGGUAUUCCAAGGUCAAAGAGAAGGCGAGACGGCAGGUAUUCCAAAGUCAAAGAGACAGCGAGACGGUCGGUGUUCCGAAGUCAAAGAGACAGCGAGACGGCAGGUAUUCUAAAGUCCAAGAGACAUCGAGAUGGCAGGUAUUCCAAGGUCAAAGAGAAGGCGAGACGGCAGGUAUUCCAAAGUCAAAGAUACAGUGAGAUGGUCGGUGUUCCAAAGACAAAGAGACAGCGAGACGGCAGGUAUUCCCAGGUCAAAGAGACAGCGAGACGGCAGGUAUUCCAAAGUCCAAGAGACAGCGAGACGGUAGGUAUUCCAAAGUCCAUGAGACAUCGAGAUGGCAGGUAUUCCAAGGUCAAAGAGACGGCGAGACGGUCGGUGUUCCGAAGUCAAAGAGACAGCGAGACGGUCGGUGUUCCGAAGUCAAAGAGACAACGAGAAGGCAGGUAUUCCAAAGUCGAAGAGACAGCGAGACGGUGGGUGUUCCGAAGUCAAAGAGAUAGCGAGACGGCAAGUAUUCCAAAGUCCAAGAGACAGCGAGACGGCAGGUAUUCCAAGGUCAAAGAGAAGGCGAGACGGCAGGUAUUAACAGGUCAAAGAUACAGUGAGACGGUCGGUGUUCCAAAGUCCAAGAGACAGCGAGACGGUCGGUGUUCCGAAGUCAAAGAGAUAACGAGAAGGCAGGUGUUCCGAAGUAAAAGAGACAACGAGAAGGCAGUCCAAGAGACAGCGAGACGGUCGGUGUUCCGAAGUCAAAGAUACAGCGAGACGGUUGGUGUUCCGAAGUCAACGAGACAACGAGAAGGCAGGUAUUCCAAGGUCAAAGAGACAGCGAGAAGGCAGGUAUUCCAAAGUCCAAGAGACAACAUCGAGACGCAGGUAUUCCAAAGUCCAAGAGACAACGAGAAGGCAGGUAUUCCAAAGUCCAAGAGACAGCCAGACGGCAGGUAUUCCAAAGUCCAAGAGACAGCGAGACGGUUGGUGUUCCGAAGUCAAAGGGACAAUGAGACGAGACAGCGAGACGGUCGGUGUUCCGAAGUCAAAGAGACAGCGAGACUGCAGGUAUUCCGAAGUCAAAGGGACAAUGAGACGGCAGGUAUUCUAAAGUCAAAGAGACAUCGAGAUGACAGGUAUUCCAAGGUCAAAGGGAAGGCGAGACGGCAGGUAUUCCAAAGUCAAAGAUACAGUGAGACGGUCGGUGUUCCAAAGUCAAAGAGACAGCGAGACGGCAGGUAUUCCAAGGUCAAAGAGAAGGCGAGACGGCAGGUAAUCCCAGGUCAAAGAUACAGUGAGACGGUCGGUGUUCCAAAGUCCAAGAGACAGCGAGACGGUCGGUGUUCCGAAGUCAAAGAUACAGCGAGACGGUUGGUGUUCCGAAGUCAAUGA